AGAGCUAGCCGGAGCAAGUCGCGGGACCCGCGUCGUGGGGUCGGUCGGGUGGCGAGCAUUGUCGUGUCGAGGCGAGCAACGACGGCGUAUCGAGCGCAUGAGCGACGUUCGUCCCGUCGUAUCGUAUCUUCUUUUACUCUUGGCUCAGCACGCGCGAGGGUAUCAUCGUCGGCGCGGCGGCGCCUCGCUGACUCGCGCCUGAUUCCCUCCUACGGUAGGAUUCACGUACAUGCAAGUGCGAUCGUGAAGGUCGCAGAGAUGCCGGAUGCGCUUUGAACGCGCGUUCGCCGCCGCCGCCGCCACCGCCACCGCCACCGCCGCUGCCGUCGUCGUCGUCGUCGUCGUAACCGCAGCCGUAGCCGCUUCCCGAGGCACCGAGAUCGUCGUCUGAGAUCAUUGAUAGCCGGGAUCCCUGGACCCUGAAUGCACGCUGCUCCUCGCGGUGCCGUCCUCGCGCGAGGAUCGCGCGCGUCUCUGUUCCUCUCGAGAGCGCCGCUAUGCUGACGCUGCAGCAUCAAACGUGGGAGCAGACAGUAGCUCGAAAAUGGGGCUGAGACGACGGCGUAAUAAACUAAACAGGACGACCACGUGGCAAUCAGCUUAGACCCUCGUGAAGAAGAUGACGACUGCCAUGGCCCGGCUGCCCUGCAAGCAAUCGUCCUCGCCCUCGCAGCAGACGCGAGUGAACAAUUUCGGAAACAGCCGGAACCCGUACUGGGACAUGCAAGUCAGGCUUCCCGCGCCGUCGUACGUCAGAAAUCAUCAUCGACAUAGCGACCAUACAGGGAAGCGGAAGAGCGCCGUGGAGCUGCUGCAGGAGACGAAAGCCUUCUACGUGAAGAGCGAGACCGUGCUGGAUCGGAAGCAGGAGCUGAAGAACAGCGGUCAUCUGCAGGUCUCGCAGCUGAGCGCGCCCGGCGCACCGCCGCCGAGAUUGUUACGAAAAUGCACCGGCAACUCCGCCUGCCCUAUGCAGCCAACGUCGCCGUCGCAGUUGCAACCAACUCCCAUGACACCGCCCUGCUGCUGGGUCUCGUGUCACGAACAGGACAGACUAGAUGGGAUUCUGAGUCCUCAACAAACACUGCCACCCGCGCUGCCACCGAAGAGUCCACGUUUGGUUCCGGUUCCCCAAAGACGGACGAUUUCGGGACCCCCGAGCGGUACCGGAGCCGAGCUGCAAACGAAGCUGCGCCGACUGCUGAACACCGACAGCAAGGAAAAUAUGUUCUUUCCGGACAGUCCGCCGCAGAGCACGGCGCAGAGCAACGGAAUGCCGACGCGGGAGGAGAAAUUCCGAUACUCGCCUGGAAGUCUUUCGCCCGCCUGUCGCGACGAGGAUCGUAUUCUGCAUUGCGCGCCGCAAGACGUUCGCUUCAAGUUCGGCAGAAGCAACUCGCACUCGCACACUUCCGGUAGAUCCGGCCGGAAGUCGAACAGCUCCCAGUCGGUGGAAAACACGAUAUGCCACAAGUCGCUACCGGAUCUCCACACGAGUACGCGUCGUCGGGCGUCACUCUCGCCGCGCGCAUCCACGAAGUUAUCCGCGAAGCCGUCUACUCAUCAUCAAGCUACGAAGACGGGCAAUUGCCCGGAUUACGAAACUAGUUCAGACUACUCGGACCACAGUUUUAAGCGUGACGCCGUUUGUUAUCGCAGUUCUCGCCAUAUCAGGCGAUCUUUGGGAUCCGGCGGCGGUGAUGCGAGCAGCGUGUUAUCCUCAGGCGGACGAACGCAAAAGUCAUCGGGUUCUAGCAAGUUGAGCCACGGCGCGACAGCCAGAGACUCCGGUGGCUCCUCUGGACACUGUACUCAUCGCAGCGAACCAGCGCCCAGGAUCCAGGAUUGCUGGGCUCACAUACGCAGAGACAGUGGUGCAUCCACGCAACAUUCUACCGAGAAAGACCGAUCGAGGAAAGGUAGCUAUAUUGGUGGGACACCGCCGUCCGUUGUGAGACACUACAGCCCGGAGUCUGAAAGUAGUAAUAGUCAAACAGACUACAGCCCGACCUGUAACUCAAGGUUCUCAGACGGUUGGAAGGAAGGUCGCGGUCGACCGAUCUUACGAUCGAAAUCAGACAUCAGCGAUCGAUACUGGCGCCAGGAUAACGGCCGUUCCAGCAAAGUAUCCUCCCGCCCGCCGCGAUCAAUGACUCAGCUCGAGAACUUCUUCGACCGUUUAGGACUGGACUCGGAUAACUAUCAGCGUAUAACGGAACCUGACUCCAAGACGACGUCGCCCGUUUUCUUCGACAGUGUCAGCUCCGUGGACUCGGCGUUGGGUCUCUACUCUUGGGUCGGCACUAAUCAGACGAACCAGGGUAGUCAAUGGCAGAACAACUGCAGCAUCGGCAUGGGCAACGAUGAGUGUAACCAAAGGGUAAACGAUCCACCGAGUAUCGUCGAGCGAAACGCACGUAUUAUCAAAUGGCUUUGCCAAUGCCGCAAAGUGCAGUUAGGAUACAGUUAAACAACGAGUUUCUCAGCGUGAGUAAAUCCCUCAUUUCCAAUGACAGUACAUUCAAAUCAACGAUAAGUAUGGUAGUGUUUGCCAUUCUAUAAACGGUGUAUCAGACUCCGUGGAAAUACCGAAUUCAUAUGUUUCUCAAUGUGGAAUUGAUUGUCGCCUUUCCUCUUCCUUUUACAACUUGCAUAAAUCGUUUAAGGAUUUUUAUUAAUGCUAUUAGCUAUUUGUUAAGCGUAUAAUUAAUAUCGUUUUAAUUUAUUACAAUAACAAAUGUGUGCCAUUUCAUAACCACUUGUUGACGGUUCUAUACGGUGUGCCUUUCAUUGUCGUUAUGCAUUCAGGAUAAAGGAAGAAAUCUUGAGAAACGUAUUUACGUGAUAUUGCGUUAUUAAAAUUUAUAUAGACAAUUUUGAUGUCUCAUAUUUUUGACGGCACACACAUUAAAAUUUGCUUAUAUUACUCUCGGACAAAUCUGUUACUAUAUUUUAAUAUUAUUAAUUUUGUAAUAAGUCUACGAUAUGUUGCGCAAAUAUUUUUCCUAUUUAGCAAAGCAAUACUAGAUUAUUACGAGACAUUAGCAAAGUCGUGCAUAAGGAACGUGAAAUUUAUUAAAUUUUGAUGUAAAGUUGUAUAAAUUUAGCGAUGCGUGUUUCUCGUUUUCAAUCUUGAGAAUGAUUAGUUGAUUUGUAGAGAGAAAGUACUCUGACGAAAGAUAUUUACCUCGACUUUAUGAAAACUUAUAGAUCUAAUUUCAUAAAAAAGAAAAGAUUAAAAAAUGUUGCCUUUACUCUUGUUGGUUUCUAAAAAAAACCACAUAUAUUUAAAGUGAAAUAAGCGUUCAAUUGAUGUUAAUAUUUGACGAAAUUUAGAAGGUGAUCGAUGAGUUCAAAUAGCUUGGUGUUAGACAAAAAUAUGAUUCCAAUUUUGUAGUUUAGUAGGAAUUGAUGUGAUUUACAUUAAUACUGUAUAAAGUGAAAAAAGACGCUCAUUUAUCAUCAUUCUAUUUUAAUAAUAAUCUACAAAGAUUUACACUAGCUUCACUGUAUUAGUCUUUAUGCUCAUCAACUUUUGUUUCUAACAUCAUACAACGUAAAUCAUACAACGUAAAUCAUAUAAAACAGAUAUAUAGUAAACAUAUAUUUUCUAAAUUUACUCUUGAAACUAAUCUGAUGAUACGCUAUAUUUACAAAGACUGCGUGAACUCUACAAAUGACAUUAGCUUAACAUAUUGAUCUUACUAUGCCUUGAAUUUUUAUUCCUUCAUCAGCACAGAGAUUUAUUAUCGUACUUACAAGGAAAUAUGUAAUGCAGAAACUUAGGUGCAUCGACAAUACAGGAUAAUUUAAUUUAAUAAUUUGAUUAUACGCAAAUCAAUGUUUCAUAUUUUGUAUUUGGAGAAUCACAUAUUUUACAUUUUAAUAAUGAAUUAAUUAUAUGGCAAUUGUACUUAUAGCUUCUUCAUUAAUUUUCAAUAUUUUUACUUCUAAUAUUUAAUUGCAAUUGACAUGUUGCAAUGCGCAAUUUGUAAAAUAUAAUAUUUUGUAUCUCACAUAUAUUCAUACUAUCUUUUUAAUACUAUCUUUUAAUUGAACAUAAAUUUAUUGAAAUAUAAAGUAUUAUUAAUAGCAGGUCAGCUCUUUGUUUUUCGAAGUUCUCUAUUGUGAUUUCGUUUUCUGACUCGAUUGUAACUUUGUUAAAUGAUGUACUUCUGCUCUUCGAUAUUUUCCACGUGAAUGAGAAAGAAAGUGAAAGGCUGAACAGUUAUUCAAACGGCACAUUUGCAAAGGUGCUGUUAGGCUAAGAAAGUGGCAAACUGAAGAGAAAACUUUGCAAUUGGGAGAACGUUUAAUCCUGACAGCUUCUUAAAACGGAGGAUCGACUAUAUUUUACAAAUAAAAAAAAGGUUCUGCAUUAUCUAUCUCUAAAUUUUUUUUUAAGAAAAAUCACUUCUAUUUUUUGCUGUGCGACAACAAACGUGAUUUUCAUUCACAUAAUUCACGUACAAUUUAACGAUUAAUUUUUUUCUCCGACCAUUUAGUUCUCCCUAUUCUAUGGCAAUCAAAUGGUAGUGUAAGAAAUUUUGAAUGUUCACGACACUUAUGUGAUUCAUAUAUUCUUGUAACACGCGAUUUUUGUGUAAUACAAAGUACAGUUAUUCUCGAACUUCUCUAAUUUCAUAUGGUAUAGAUGUUUUAAAUGUAUAAUCGACAGUUUCGCGUAAUUAAAAUAUGAUA